AUGGUUUUCCCAGACAUUGACGAAUGCAAAGAUGAGCCAUAUCUAUGUGAACAGGAAUGCUAUUCAGCUUGUAGGGCAGAACAUUGCUACUCUUUCAAGUUUGCCGAUGGUCUGUGUACAAUCAAGCUCUAUGUUGGCGAUGUUGUUGAUGUUACUCAAAAUAUAGUUGCUGGAUCAAUUAUCUCAUGCUACAAUGAUAACUCACAGUGCACUUUAAAAAGCGAUGUUGAUAAUAAUGUACCGGUCACCGAACAGGGUCACGAGGCUUGUUUUACCUUUUGCCUUGAAGAUCCCGAUUGUAUCGGCUAUCACUACUUCCCCAACAUUUUAUGUGUUCAUACUUAUACGGCUGGAGACACUGUUGACAUAAACAACUUUCCGGUGGACACAUUUGUCUAUCUUGAUUGUGAUGAAUGUGAGUGUUAUUGGUUCAUAUUUUACCUGUUAUAA